GGGACGCGGCACCGGGCUGAGGGCUCCCCGCCGCUCCGCCGGCGAUGUGAGGAAAGGGAAGCCACUCUUUCCCCGCCAGUCCCGGACCAUGGCGGCCCCCGGAACCCCUGGAGAAUAUGACGUGCUGAUUGUGUAUGCAAGUGACGCUACUGAAUGGUGUCAGUACCUCCAGAACCUCUUCCUCUUUACUUGGCAUAUUAGAAAGCAUCGGAUUCUGACCUACCAGCUGGAAGGCGAGUCUGCCAUCUCCCCCCAGGAGCUGGACCUGUUCAGCAGAAGUCGGAGCAUCAUCCUUUUGCUUUCUGCAGAGCUCGUGCACAGUUUUUAUCUUCCUCACGUCCUGCAAAGCCUUCAGGAAGCUUUAUGGCCUCCGUGCAAAGUAGUCAAGCUGUUCUGUGGCGUUACGGACUGUGACGACUAUUUGACCUUUUUCAAGGACUGGUCUCAGUGGCAGGAACUCACAAAUGAUGAUGACCCUGAUGCUUACCUUGCAGCUGUCAAGAAGGCUAUUUCAGAAGACUCCGGAUGUGACUCUGUGACUGAUACAGAAACAGAAGACGAGAAGAAUCCAGCUUACUCCCACAGUCUUGCCAUGAGUGAAGAACACGGAUCAUCCAAGAGCACUGGGGACCAUCCAGUGGUGCAGCCUGACCGCAUACAGUGUGGGGUGCAGACAACAGUUUAUAUUAUCAUGAAAUGUAAACUAGAUGGUGAAAUGAAAACUGAAGUUGAAUUCUCUCCAGAGAAUGCAUCCUCUGUGCGUGUACUGGCUGAGAUGGAGAAUGAGUACACAAUCUCUGUGAAGGCUCCAAAUUUAACCUCUGGGACAGUACCUCUGCAGAUAUAUUCAGGGGACUUGAUGGUGGGAGAAACAAGUGUCACUUACCACACGGACAUGGAAGAAAUCAGCAGUCUGUUGGCUAAUGCAGCCAACCCCGUGCAGUUCAUGUGCCAGGCCUUUAAAAUCGUGCCAUACAGCAUAGAAGCACUGGACAAACUGUUGACUGAGUCACUCAAGAAGAACAUUCCUGCCAGUGGUUUACACCUGUUUGGAAUCAACCAGCUGGAAGAAGAAGAUAUGACAGCAAAUCAGAGGGAUGAGGAGUUGCCAACACUGCUUCACUUCUCUGCAAGAUAUGGGCUGAAGAACCUCACUGCCUUGCUGCUUACAUGCCCUGGAGCGCUGCAGGCCUACAGUGUAGCCAACAAGUAUGGCCACUAUCCAAACACCAUAGCAGAAAAGCAUGGCUUUAAGGAUCUCCGCCAGUUCAUUGAUGAAUAUGUGGAAACUGCAGAUAUGCUGAAGAGUCACAUUAAGGAAGAGCUGAUGCAAGGCGAGGAGGAUGAAUCUAUUUAUGAGUCCAUGGCUCAUCUGUCCACAGAUCUGUUAAUGAAGUGUUCCUUGAAUCCUGGCUCCGAUGAAGAGCUUUAUGAAUCCAUGGCUGGCUUUGUCCCUGGUGCUCCAGAAGAUCUUUAUGUAGAGAUGCUUCAGUCCAAACCAGACACUCCAGCUGCUGGAGAUGAAGUUUCACUAACUACAAAAGACUCAAUGCUCCGCAGGUUUUUAGAAGGCAGUAGCGUGGAUGUGCCAGAUUCAGAGGAAGGAGUUUACGAGCCGUGUGUUGAAGAUGUAUACUACCGGGUGGAACAAGAUACUUUUCCACAGGAAAUGGCCAACAGACCUCCAGUUCCUGUUCCAAGACCAGAGUCUAGUUCUCCACAGCCAGACAAUGAGCUGUACAUCUCCAAAAUUUUUGCACAGAAAGCUCAAAGACCUGAGAAUCUUUAUGUCCCUAGAGGAAGGAUUAAGAAAGAGACAAUAGUCAGGCCUGUAAGGGACCUGUCUCAAUCAAGCAUAUAUGAUCCAUUUGCUGGAAUGAAAACCCCAGGCCAACGGCAGCUGAUUACAUUACAGGAGCAAGUGAAAAUGGGCAUACUCACUGUGGAUGAAGCUGUACUUCAUUUUAAGGAGUGGCAACUGAAUCAGAAAAAGAGAUCAGAAUCAUUCCGGUUCCAGCAGGAAAAUCUGAAACGUCUACGAGACAGCAUAACCAGGAGGCAAAUGGAGAAGCAAAAAAAACACAAAAGUGCAGAUUUAGAAAUUACAGUACCCAUUCGACGUUCUCAUAAUACUUUGGGGAGACCAGAAUGUGGAAUAUAUGAAUACACCCCCAGGAAAAACGUUUUUCCACCAAAAAAGGAGUUAAAGCGAGGAGACUGGAAAACAGAAAGCACAUCCAGCACAACAAGUAGUGCAAGUAACCGCUCCAGCACUCGGAGCAUACUGAGUGUCAGCAGUGGGAUGGAAGGGGACAGUGAGGACAAUGAAGUCCCAGAAACAACUCGGAGCCGCAGCCCAGUCGCCCACCAAGCAGAGAGGCUGCCUUUUCCAGAAAGGCCUCCCAGAGUGCCUCCUCGAGGUGCAAGCAGGCCUGUAAGCUGUGAAGACUUUUAUCCUCCACCUGUACCACCAAGAGGUCGCUGAAUCUCUCAACAGCUGUGGAAUAUGAGAUUUUUUCUUUUUAUACAUGUGUUUGUACAGAUAUUUUUUUGCUGUCUUAAAUUAUUUAUUAGCAGGACCCAAAUGUUUUCAUCCCCUUCCUCCUCCCUGAAGCUCUGAUGACUUUCCCCAUGAUUUUCACUGAGACUUCUUGGCCUUCCAUAUCUUUUUUUAGUUGGAAGAAUUUUGGUGCUUUGGGGCUUCAAGAAAAAGUGUCACGGUUGGGAAGGAGAAUGCUGAUGUGUGUCUUAGGAGCCCUGCACUGACAUGAAGUUUCCUUUUGACCAAGAAAACACACAUGUCCUUUUAAGAACUAAAUGCUGAUAAGCAUUGUUACUAAACCCCUCAACACAGUCUGCAAGGGCUUGACUGGAAAACAUACUUGAAAAACGAAAGAAAAUAAGUUGUUUGAAGAAUGCUCAUGACAGCAGGAGCAGGUGAAUAUACUGCUGUUAGGCAAAACAUUUUGGGCACAGAUAUACUGACCUUUCAGAAGGCAUAGCAUCCUCCUCCAGCAAUCAUUAAACCAUGGGAGGAUGAGAAAUUGUCUGUCCUGAAGAAUGUAUUUUGCAUACAGCCUUGAAAAUGCCUUUUCCUUUCCCUUUCCUCCCUGAAGAGGACAGACAUUAACAAGGGGGUUGUGUGUGCUGAAUUUAACAUGAAAAUUUCCAAGGUAGUUGGUAAGGAACCUGCUGUAUAUCACAAACCAACUGUACUUAAACCUUUUUUUUGUGUGUAGGGGGUGGGUAUGGUGUUAUGAAAUCGUAAGACUGGCCUCUCAGAGGAAGGAACUGGUGGCAGUACUGUGUUCUGUAUCUCUUACAUGUGGUCAUCACAGAAGCAAUAUGAAGGCAUUUCACUUCAUGCUCAGGAAUAGUACAGUGAGUCUCCAAUUAUCAGUGCACACACUUCACAAAUACCAGCUGUGUUUUAGCUGGCUGCAGUGGAAACAGGCAGCCUGGGGGCUGGACUCUCCUUGCUCUACAGUUCCUUUCUAGCAAUGUGAAUCCACAACAGCUGUGUCCAGCCUUUUUUCUGCCUAAGGGCUUACAAACUUAAGGAGGCUUCCUGGUUUGGCUCUCUUCCAGACCUUGAAAUCUUUUGUGCAUAUCCUGGCCCUUGGGCGACAAGUAUAGUCUUGGUUGUCCAAGAGUGACACAGAUGGGAAUUCUUCAAGAUAACAAUCAGGGUGGAGAAUUAAGCAUCAUUACCUACUUGGUUUUCAAGCCAUUCUCCCUCUCCAGCCCUGAAAAAGACAUAGAUACACCUGUGUUAGGUGAUCCCUCAGGUGCAGGUAGGACACAUAAAGCUUCUGUCCAAUCAUGUCAGCUCCUCUUCAUCUGUGAGAGAGCAGGUCACAGAGUUGCAGUUCCUUUCUCCUGUAGGGUGGCAAACCCAAUGUGUGAAGCUGCAGGAGUGACAAGACAGCAACUCUGACUCAGCCAGUACUGAAUGAAGAUGGAGAAGCCCCUGCUGCUUUCAGGGGUAUAGGCACAUGUUAAAUACCAUCUAUGCAUUGAGCUCCCAGUGUAUGACUCCAAAUAUCCUCUCCUUUUGAUGAUAGAGGGAUGCGGGUGUUGUGCUGCAGACCUAUAGUUACAGAGGUGUCCUUUCUGUUUAGGGUUUUUUUCUUAUUUAAAGGACCUCAGUGCCUUCUCCAGUAAGUCUGGCAUUAUAGACUCUCAGUUACAGUUUGCUCUUUGUUCACAGUAGUCAAGGGAACAGUGAGGUGGGAGCUGCCUUCCUGUGCUCCCCUUGGAAUGAAACAAGGUUUCCACCACUAUUAGGUCAAAUUGGAAGCAGGGAAGGAGGUUUUGGUGCUGAAAUGAGGAAAACAGUAGCAAGGAUAAGUGAAAGAAUUAGGGAUAAAUGAAAUAAACCAAAAGAGGAAAUUCACCACCUUGAUUGUUUUCAGCUGCCACAUGCUUUGGUUUGCAAACUCCCUGGUUCUGUUUAAAUUUCCCCAUCUCCUUAGUGCUGGUUGCAGCUGUGUCCCAGAGCUUGGAGACGUGAUGUGAUAAGAGGAAUUUAUCUGCUUCCACAUCUGUCAGGCACAGCAUAAGGUAAAAUUGUAGGAUGUGGGGAAAACGGUAAUAAGGCAGGAAAUUAAGAGAAAAAUAUAAAAGCAUAUUAUGCAGAAGAUUUCCUUUCAAGGCUAUUGGACUGAAGCACCCCAGGGAUCCAUCUUCUCAAGCUAAUUUUUAAUGUACCAUACUUAAGCGUUUGCCUUUGCACAAUCCUGAUAACAUGUCUGUGAACUGGAAUUUUAUUGUUAGUGCUGUGAUGAGAUGGUUUAUAUCUGAACUGCUGAAAAGCACCUCAUAAGUAGCCUUUCAAUCCCUCUCUCAUUUGAAGCUCUGAUACUUCCUUACUCUGACCUGACCUAUCAUACAAAAUCUGUUUUGGAGGAGAGGUGAGCUGGGACAGGUGGAGCUGAGGCAUAUUAUAAAUGCAUUCUGUUCAAGCCCCUUCUGCACUGCCUAAGGGAGGGAAAUUGAAGAUGCAGCUGUAGUUUCAGGCAUUCCUGCCUCACUUCUGCUGGAUUAAUUGCGGAUCUCACUGACCAGCAAUCGCUGCAAAACUAUCACCCUAUCAAGGAGAAAAGGAACAGUGCUAAAACGGCUUCACUGUUAAAUGCAGGUAAACAGCGGGGAUGCAGGCAUGACUUCCAAGUCUCUUGCAGGCCAGUAGAGAUGCCCCUGCUUAGCCACCAAAGUGUAUGUUCCACACAGGUUGGAUUCAUACAGUUGCUUUAAGCCUCUUACAUCUCAAUAUAUGGAGUCCUUCUAUCUCUAGACUCCAUUUGUGCUGGUGAGCACGUGGUGUGUGUUGCUUCCACCCAGGAUGAGAAGUGUGGUGAAACUGAAGCUUAGAAGAGACCAGUGAAGAAAACUGCAUGCUACCAGAUUGUUGGUCACUCAAGAAUAUGCUUGGGGGGCAGAGUGGGAAUGAAGAGAAGAGUGUUUCUGAUGGACAUUAGAGUUCAAGGACUGAACAGAUAAUAAAGUUGCUGGUAAAAGUGGCCUGGCCAGCAGUGGGGGCAUCAACCAAUCCACCAAACUCAUCUGGCAGCUGGCUGGCCCAAGGGAACUGUUUGCUCUUUGUACAGCAUGCCUUGAAAACUCUGCUGCAGCAGAUAGCUCUGGCUGGCCCUGUUGCUGACUGAGACUUUAAUGCUGAAUAAACUGAAGAUGGUGAAGCCUCCUCUCUCUGUCUCCCAAGGGUAAGCUAUUCUGUUUUGGACUGAGAUGCAAUGACUAGAAAGAAGCAUAUGCUGUUACCAAAGCUGUCUAGUUUUUCUUUGUGUAUG